AUGAAUUCAAAUCAAGAAUUGGUUCAAAUGUUGAAAGAUCUUCAAAUUUACAAUUCCAUCGAUAACAACUUUAGUCCCGAUCAUAGCUAAUUAGUGAUGGUCUACGAAAAAGUAAUCGGAUCUGUUUUAAUGUUAGUUUUGCGAUUUAAUUAAUUUUGAUGAUAGUUUUACUUUAGAAAACUCAACAUUGCAAUUAUUUUAUAGAUGCAAAUUGAUGUGUAAAACAGUGGGUGUAGCUGAUUUUUAGAUGAUGGAUUUAACAGAUCCUGAUCAAAAAAGGAUGAAACACAUUCUUACACAAUUAUGUAAGUAUUGCAUAUGGAAAAAGGAUUAAAGUUAGAAAUGGGAAAAAAGAGACAAAGAAAUAGUAAUAUAUUUAAUGAUCUUAGGUAUAAUUAGAAGAUAUUGAUUUAUAAUAAACUCGAAAAUAAAAAAGCGAACUCGAAGAUUUGAUACAAAUGAAAUACAAAGACAUGGAUUUGAAAAAGAAAAAGUUUGAGUAAUAUAAACAAAUGAAACAUAAAUGUGAAUCAGAUUUAUUAGCUAAAAGAAACCAAAAUUUAAAAUUAUAAAAUUCUAUUUCGUAAAAUUAAAAUGAAUUAAAAGAUGCAGAAAAGAAGUUUAAGAAUUUGAUAGAGAAACUGUAAGUAGCUUAAAAUGAAUUAUCAAUAUUGGAAAGGUAAAUUCUUGUAUUAAUGCUUUUAGUAUGAUAGUGAAGGAUCCGAAAACUUUAGAAAAGAAGGUAAACGAUAGUCAAAGAAGGGUGGAAGGUCUUUAGAUUGAAGUAGAUAAGUGUUAGAAGGAAUUACAAAUUGAAACAUUCAAAAUUGGAAGAAUUUAUAAAUAAUUAUAUCUAGAUUACGAUGUAUUUUUGAGACUGCUUGAAUAAAUAAAGGAAUCGGAAAAUGCAUUAAUUUAGGAAGAUAAAAACUUUGAAAAAUCCAAUGAUUAAAUAUUUACAGCAUCAAACAAAAUACUCUAAGAGAACUUGGCCUUGCAAAAGUUAUAACAAAACAAGGAACAUCUGCAAUAAUAGAAAAUAGCAGAAUCUGAGAAAAACAAUUCAUCUAAUUAAUAUAGUUUACAAUCCUUAAUAGAUUUACAAAAUAAACUGUCAGAAUUGUAGAUAGAGGUGAAGAGAGAAUAGUAAGAGUAUUUGUCCAUACAACUCAUGAAAUAGGAGUAAUAGAAGAUUACGUCUGAAAACGAAGAAAUCAAAGCAGCUAUUGAAGCGAAUCUCAAAUAAGUGGUGACUCAAUAAAACAAGGAAAUUGAAUAAUAUACAAAAAACAUUGAACUCUUACUUAAUAAAAUAGAUUUUGAAUGA